GCGUCCUGCGUUGCUAACGGAAACUUUAAACAAGGAAUUAACUAAAUUGCCAGUGUGAUGGCGUCCUUAACUUGGCAGGAAUUCCUCACUCAGUCUCGACAAUUUCUGCGUAUGUCCCAGCAUCUGAACGAUAAAUGGGAGCUCUAUGAAAAGAAUCAAGAGGAACCCAAUAUCUUUCUUAAGUUUAGUCAGAAAGUACGUAGUAAAGAAGACUUGAUAAAUGUGGAAUAUCAUAUAGUGUAUAGUGUGUCCUAUCAAGUGCCUAUGCUAUACUUUCAGGCUCACAGAUCGGAUGGCAGUUUGCUGGAUCUAGAAGCAACUUGGAGGCUUUUAAUGCUAGAGUUUCAGAGUAGACGAGAGGAGCUCUUGCAGAUGUUAACCCAACAAGAGCAUCCAGUUUUGUUUCGCCCAUUUAUGGCCUUGCAUCCAUGUCGUACGGCAGAGGUUUUAGAUCAAUUUGGUCAAAAAAGUGAAAAUCUUGUUCUUACCUUUAUUAGUCUAUAUGGACCACAUGUUCAAUUGCAAUUAUCGAAUGGCUAUGGGAAUAGUGAACUACUUAAGUUAUAAGAUCAACAUUAUAUAGAUAGAUUUGCAUUUAUUUCGAUUACAUAGACCCAUAUAUAGGUAUAUAUUUAUGUAAAUAUGUGGAUAUAAUAUAUAU